AACUAAGCCAGUGAAUUUCGGAAGCUAUUGAAAAAAAAAAUAUAACCUUAUUUCGUUCUACGCCUUAAAUCUAUAAUUGGUGUUCCAAUUUGUAUCAAUUAUUUAUCUCAGUUGCUAAAACGCUAUUGUGGUUAUUUCCCUCUGAAUAUAAAAAUGCAAACCGAAAAUAUAGAAAUGAAACAAAAUCUUCAAAUGGUGGGCGUUAAAGAGAAAUCUGCUAAAAAACGCCAUGCCAGCGACAAUCACAUGGAGGUAGAAGUAGUGAAUGGCAUACAAGGAAAAGUAAACUCACAUACAGCUAAAAAAAGAGCUAAAACUGCUAUGGAGCAAAGAAAGAUUCCAGUGCCAGCUCACCGAUACACACCCUUGAAACAAAAUUGGUUGCAAAUAUUUACACCUAUUGUUGAGCAUUUGCAAUUACAAAUACGCUUUAACUUAAAGUCUAGGAAUGUAGAAAUUAGAACUGCGCCUGAUACCCCAGAUAUUUCAAAUCUCCAAAAAGCAGCGGAUUUUGUAAAAGCAUUUAUUUCUGGAUUUGAAGUGGAAGAUGCUUUAGCUUUAUUGCGUUUAGAUGAUUUGUUUGUAGAAACAUUCGAAAUACUGGAUGUUAAACAAUCACUAAAGGGUGAUCAUUUGUCUAGAACAAUUGGUAGAUUAGCAGGCAAAGGUGGAAGGACAAAAUUUACUAUCGAAAAUGUAACAAAAACCCGAAUUGUAUUAGCUGACAGUAAAAUACAUAUUUUGGGUUCCUACCAGAAUAUACAAUUAGCCCGUAGAGCAAUAUGUAAUCUGAUUUUGGGCAGUCCACCUUCUAAAGUUUAUGGACAAUUAAGAAAUAUAGCUAGCCGAAUAUCGGAACGAUUAUAAUACCCACGCUCUGAACAGAAUACAGGGAAAUUAUCAAAUAAACAGAAUUUUUUAUUCUUUAGCAAAAAUAAGUAUAAAAUAAAAUAGUCCUAGUUUUGUGAUUGAACAUAUCAA